CGCGGCAGCCAAGCUAGCUUCAUGCAGCGCCAGUUCGGCGCGCUCCUGCAGCCGGGCGUCAACAAGUUCUCGCUGCGGAUGUUCGGCAGCCAGAAGGCUGUGGAGCGCGAGCAGGAGCGAGUCAAGUCGGCGGGGGCCUGGAUCAUCCACCCGUACAGCGACUUCAGGUUCUACUGGGACUUCACCAUGCUGCUCUUCAUGGUGGGAAACCUCAUCAUCAUCCCCGUGGGCAUCACCUUCUUCAAGGACGAAACCACCGCCCCGUGGAUCGUGUUCAACGUGGUCUCGGACACAUUCUUCCUCAUGGACCUGGUGCUCAACUUCCGCACGGGCAUCGUCAUCGAGGACAACACGGAGAUCAUCCUGGACCCCGAGAAGAUCAAGAAGAAGUACCUGCGCACGUGGUUCGUGGUGGACUUCGUGUCCUCCAUCCCCGUGGACUACAUCUUCCUCAUCGUGGAGAAGGGGAUCGAUUCCGAGGUCUACAAGACGGCCCGCGCGCUGCGCAUCGUGCGCUUCACCAAGAUCCUCAGCCUGCUGCGCCUGCUGCGCCUGUCCCGCCUCAUCCGCUACAUCCACCAGUGGGAGGAGAUCUUCCACAUGACCUACGACCUGGCGAGCGCCGUCAUGCGCAUCUGCAACCUCAUCAGCAUGAUGCUGCUGCUGUGCCACUGGGACGGCUGCCUGCAGUUCCUGGUGCCCAUGCUGCAGGACUUCCCGCGCAACUGCUGGGUGUCCAUCAACGGCAUGGUGAACCACUCCUGGAGCGAGCUGUACUCCUUCGCGCUCUUCAAGGCCAUGAGCCACAUGCUGUGCAUCGGCUACGGGCGGCAGGCGCCCGAGAGCAUGACCGACAUCUGGCUGACCAUGCUCAGCAUGAUCGUGGGCGCCACGUGCUACGCCAUGUUCAUCGGCCACGCCACCGCCCUCAUCCAGUCCCUGGACUCCUCCCGGCGCCAGUACCAGGAGAAGGUCUGCUGGGGAGGCGCGGCGGGGGUCCGGGCACUCCGACUGCCCCGCUCUGUGUCCAGCACAGGCCACGGGAGCGUGCGGUGGGUGCGGGGACGGUCCGAGCAGGUGUCCCGUGGGGCGCUGUGUGGCAGGCACGCGGUGCGGGCUGUCCGCAGCAGGCCACGCGCGCUCCUGUGCACGCCUGGCCUGAGGGGGCGUGGCCACGCGGCCCGCAGCACCAGGAGCGCGGCUCUCAGGCCGAGACGCAGCCUCCCCCUCGGCAUCGGGGUGGGCGGGAUUCAGACCCGAGUGGCCCAGGCCCCAAGGUGCCGCCACGUGUUGUGUGUGGUCCUCUUCGUGGACGUGGUCUGCGCCUCAGGCUGUCUGCUCCGGGCGCCCAGCCUCUUGGCACCCCGAGGGUCCUGCCGUGCUCGGCACCCCAGCGGGCCCUCUCUCCCACGGGCCCCUGCGGAAAUCGUCAACUUCAACUGCCGGAAGCUGGUGGCCUCCAUGCCGCUGUUUGCCAAUGCUGACCCCAACUUUGUCACGGCCAUGCUGACCAAGCUCAAGUUCGAGGUCUUCCAGCCGGGGGACUACAUCAUCCGCGAGGGCACCAUUGGCAAGAAGAUGUACUUCAUCCAGCACGGCGUGGUCAGCGUGCUCACGAAGGGUAACAAGGAGAUGAAGUUGUCCGACGGCUCCUACUUUGGGGAGAUUUGCCUGCUGACGCGGGGCCGGCGCACGGCCAGUGUGCGGGCCGACACCUACUGCCGCCUCUACUCUCUGAGCGUGGACAACUUCAACGAGGUGCUGGAGGAGUACCCCAUGAUGCGACGGGCCUUCGAGACAGUCGCCAUCGACCGCCUGGACCGCAUUGGCAAGAAGAACUCGAUCCUGCUACACAAGGUGCAGCACGACCUCAACUCAGGUGUGUUCAACAACCAGGAGAACGCCAUCAUCCAGGAGAUCGUCAAGUACGACCGCGAGAUGGUGCAGCAGGCGGAGCUCGGCCAGCGCGUCGGCCUCUUCCCGCCGCCGCCAGACGAGGUGGCUGUGGAGUCCUGCCCGCCCCACCGGGCGCGGUCCGCUGACCAGUUACGGUUUUUAAGUGCAAUACUGGGCCCGCCAGCUUCCGCUGCCCCGCUGCGCUCACGCAAUAACCGGCCCGCCCCGUCCACACGCAUCCCGCGGUGA